CACGCCCACGUUAUUAGGUUUCUUCUUUGUAGCUUCACCUCUCAUGACAAAGCCUUCGUAAAAUCUGCGAAACUCUCUGCAAUUCCCGGCUGUUCUCCACCGAGUCCACUCAGCCAUGUCCGUACGUUUCAAAUUCAGAAGCGCUGUGAGCUUCGACUCGGUCGACAUAGAAGGUCGGCCCUCCAUAUCAGUUCGAGAUCUCAGGUCGAAGAUCGUUCGCCACAAGAAUCUCGAUAUCUGCCAUGACUUCGAUCUCGUGUUCUCUGAUGCCGUCACCGGUCAAGAAUACGUUGAUGAAAAUUUUCAAAUUCCAAGUGGUUCAAGUAUAAUUAUUAAGAGAAUACCUGCGGGAUCAGUGCCUUCAGCAGCAAAGGCUUGCAUUGAUUCAAUUAAGCAUGUUGGGAGCAAGGACGCCAAUCUUGUUCCUAAAAUUGUGGAGAUUGAUGACUUUGAUGACUUUGGGAUUGACUUAUGUCCCGUUCCUCAGCCAUCCUUUUGUGACUCUGAUCUUGAUAUUGAUAAGAUGAAUUGCAGUGGUAGUGAGAUCAAACCAAGUACAGUACCAAGAUGCUCAAAGCCACCUGUGAUAGUAUGUCAAAAGCUUGAAUCAAGUGACCUUAGUGAGGCUAGUCCAAGAGGUUCUACUCACAAAGUUCAAGGGAAUGCUCCUCAGACAAAAUCAAAACCUAAAGUUGAAGAACAGACAAAGUUAGAAAAAGUGGCUCAUGCCAAUCCUCAAGCCAUUCAGAAUGUUGAUUUACCAUCAGAGAUGAAAUGCUCUCUUUGCAACACAUAUUUCAAGAAGGCUGUGAUGAUACCAUGCUGCCAGCAUAGCUUUUGUGAGAAAUGCAUUCAUCUAGUGCUGGUUGAGAAGGCACAAUGUCCCAAGUGCUCUUCUACAAAAUGCAGAGUAGAAGAUCUGCUGCCAAAUUUGUCCCUUAGGCAAGCAAUAGACCAUUUUCUUGAGUCUCAAAUUCUGCUGAGUGGUUCUGAUGAUGCCUUUCAUAGAUAUGCCCCAGAUGGAGAAUCUGGAAUUCAAGCAAAUGAUUUUUCUUUUGCUGGGACUAUUCUUCAAAAAGAUUUGGACUUGCCUCAUUCUCCCUCUGCCACAGGGAAGGGGUCCAAUUAUAUUAUGACGGAAUCUGCCUAUGAUUCAACAUCUAGAAAUAAUGCAUCCAUGGGUAUUGGUGGUUCUCAUAGAUUUGAUUCAGCUGCUGGUAAAUCUUUGAAGUCAGCUCCUUUGUCACAAAAGAUCAAGCAAAUAGUUGGUGAGAACGAUGAUUUCCAAGGGGAAAACAUACCUACAAAUUUGUGUAAAAGUCGUGUGCCUGAGGAAGCUGAUUCCACUCUGAAGAAGAAGAAGGAAUUGUGGGUUAAUGCAUCAGGUGGAGGCCAGAGUGUUAUUCCUAAUAAUGGUAGAAACAAAAAGGGGGACAGGGCCUGUUACACUUGUGGUUCUCCAGAUCAUUUAAUGAGAGACUGCCCCACUGCUCUCAGUCAAAAUGCUAUGCUUCAAACAGGUGCCAUGUUCCCUGGAGUUAUGCCCGGUUUAUCACCUUACUGGAAUGGGACUCCAUCACCGUACGGCAGGUCCUCUGUGAAUAUGUAUGGAAACCCAGGGAUGAUGGCCUUCAAUGCUACCAUGGUUCCGGUUACACCUUUUGCCGUUCCUGCAUAUGUUCCAUCUAUGUAUUGUGGUCUGCCUGUUAAUGGUGGAUAUAUGGGGAUGGGAGGUUUGGCACCACCAGUAGGGACCAGUGCUGAACGGCCCUUAAGCCAUCCAGAGUUUUCAGAGCUUCACGAUUGUAGAAAGAAACAGAAACUUUUAAAUCGCAAUAUGACGAGAGAUGAAGAUGAGGAUCUGAAUAAGUGGUAUCGGUACAAUGAUGCAGAAAGGUCACAUGGGCAUAAACCACAUAUAGAAAGGGAAAAGAGUAUAAGCGACUCUGAAGACAGCUCUACUCAAAGGUUAAAGAGAAAAAAUCGCCAUGACAAACGCUUUGAUGAUGACAUCCACUAUGGUGAUGAAAGACAUGAGAAGAGUUCUCGUCCCAUUGUUGGAAGAGAUAGGAAGCCAUAUCACACAGAGAGAUCAAGCUUAGAAAUAGAUGACAUGCCUUAUAGCUCCAGCUGGCAUAGCGAAGAUAGGCAUAAAAACCAUCAUGAAAGCUCAAAAAAACACAAUGACCAAAGAGGGCAGUGCAGCAACGAUUCUAGUCGCAGCCGCCAUCAUACCAAACACCAAAAAGAUGAUGAAAGAAACAUAAAAAAACAGAGUGAGAAACAUUACAGUCAUUCACAAUCUGGUUCAGAGCAAGGUUUGGCCACCCAACAAAUAAAGCAGGUAAAAGAGAGAGACUCCAGGCACGGGUUGGGACAUGAUAGGCACAAUGCAAAGUCCAUGAACAACGAUAAUGAACAUGACAGGUGGCAGAUGGCCAUUGGCUCAGACCACGACCACAGAGACGAGCAUCCUCGUCAUAAGCGGAAAAGAGUCCACUAAAACAAGCAACAGGCAUGUCUUCUGAGGAGGUAACAGUGUAUAUAAAAGUCACAUCUCGACCAUAGGUGACCCAUCUGGUAUUGUCUCUUUUCCAGUUAGGUUUUCUGUACCAAUUUGUUUGAUUACUUGUAGUCUGUUUAAUUGGUUUUUAAUCAGUUUAGAAGUGAUGGAUAUAUUAUUAGGAUGUGCAGAGUCUGUUUAAUCAUCUUUAAUCAGUUUAGAAGUGAUGGGUAUAUAAAUAUUUUUAGGAUUUGCACAAAAUUUUGGAUACAGACUUAUUCAGCUCCUAAUAUGAAUUCUGUGUUGGUUUUGUUGAUACAGAUCUAGUAGAGUGAUGGGCUUUUGGACCGUAUCAAGUGAUUGAUAUUAAUUUUUUAUUAGUUUUCCACUUAACUGACCCCUCUUCAUUUUCUAGCUUUUGAAGUCUGGAAGCUACCAAACAAUAGGGCUUGGAUGCUUUAUGCUGUGCCCACAGGCAUCUUUCCCCAGAGAUUGCUAAAGCUGGUGAAGAAGGUAUGUUUUCCCUUCUGCGUAUCUGAAUGCUUUAAAAUAAAAAUAAA